AGUUCGACACUAAUUAGUCACCGAGUUAAUCACUAUAUCGUCAGUGCUCAGUAUGGUGUCUACGGUCUACCUAGCUAUGACUUAAUAUUUAUAACGUUAAAAAAAAAGCAGUGAAUAAAUACGAUUUUGGUCACAAAACCCGAUUGAUGGUGUGGAAAAAAGAACAUAAUUCAACUGUUGACGGACUCGCCGUUAUGAUAGUAUUAUUGUCUAUUUUAUCUAUUUAUCGUUAAAGGCAUUUKAACACUAUUAUAUUGAACAUUCAACAUGGGUACGAUUGUUACACCAGAGUUAGAGAACAAUAGAAUUGAGGAAGCGGUAACAUUGAAUAAUAUGACUGAAGAAAAUCGUAACAAAGCGCCAUCCCAAAAUUUCAACCAUGUUGGUGCAUAUUCCUCGUUGUAUACAAUAUUCCAGAUUGUUGGAUUACUACUUGUAUUUUCUAUAUUUUACUGGAUUCUCAAUUUCCGAGGAGGAUUUGGAUUUACUGAUCCCAAAAUCAUAUUCAACUGGCAUCCUCUAUUUAUGACAAUUGGAUUUGUUUAUUUAUUUGCAAAUUCUAUUCUUCAUUAUAGAACAUUCCGAAGUUUGAAGAAACGAGAUUUGAAAAAUCAACAUGCAAUUAUUCAUGGCUGUAUAAUUGUUCUGGUGUUACUUGGUGGUUGGGCUUCUUUUGCUUCUCAUCUUUAUAGUAAUCCUCCUAUUCCAAAUUUGUAUACUUUACACAGUUGGGUGGGUGUUGUUACAAUUUCAAUGUUCCUCUCUCAGUUUGUAAGUGGUGUUGUGUCCUUCUUGUAUCCUGGAAUAGCUGCCGAAUAUAGGGAAGCUGUAAUGCCUUAUCACAUUUUCUUUGGAAUUUUCAAUUUUAUUCUGGCAAUUGCUACCUCAGUCCUUGGACUCUGUGAAAAAUUGAUUUUUGCUUUGGAUAAAGAAUACAAACAUUUUCCAAAAGAAGGAUUGUUUGGCAAUUUUUUGGGCUUACUAUUUAUUUUUUACGGUGGAUUAGUAGUAUAUAUGGUAACAAAACCAGAUUUUAAGAGAUUACCCAAACCUGAAGAUGGUGUGCUGCUWACUGGAGCUUUAGAAUAACUGAUACAAUAAAUAUAUUUAUUAAUAAAAUCAAUUAGGAUAUUUUAUUUUUCCAUGUCCCAAUUUCUAUAAUUAAAUAAACCUGAUUUUGCUUUUGUUUACUAUUUUUUGUGAACUUUGUGUUAAACAAUUGUUUUCC